AUGAGCACCGUGCAGCUGCUCUUGGUCGAUUUCAAAUCUUUACUUCUGGAAAGUAAAAGAAGACAUCCCGAUGUUAAGCACUCCGUUGAAACAGUAGUGGAGCAAUUGAAAGCGGAACCGGGUCACGAAAAACUUGAACAGAUCAAUCAACAUGCACUUCAACAUAAUGUGGCACAGAGUUUGAUCUCGGCAUGCGUGACUGGCAAUGUCAAGGUUAACAAUGUUGCCAUUCCAAUACUACACCGCCUUUUGAUGGCUCAUUUUGUUCCCAAAGAUGAUUUGAAAAACUUGAUCAAUGCAUUUUCCGAAUCUGCACCUUUGUCAGUAGACAUACAAUUAAAGAUUCUACAAUGUAUUCCGUCAAUGAUGCAAAACUACAAAGAAUUCUUGUCAGGUGAUCUUAUUCUUGAUUUAAUUGACGUGUGCUCGAGCCUCACUUCAAGCAACAAGUCACCCAUUGUACUGAAUGCAGCAUCGGCUGCAUUACAGCAAUUGGUGUCUGAUAUCUUUGACAAAGCAAGUGCUUCGGAAGAUCGAAAGGAUGUAAUAUUGGAUUUGGAAGAUGGAAUAAAGGUUGAGGUUAAUGAAUCUUCGCAUCAAGUCUAUUUGAUUCUUUCCGAUUUAGCCAAGAUUGUCAGUUACAAAAAGCCAACGUAUAUGAAGUUACUGACCCAUAUCAAGGCCAUAACCGCUCUUGAUAUAAUCGAGAACACCUUGCAUGGCCAUAAGGAUCUUUUUCAAACACACCAAGAGUUGGCACAUGUACUUCGUGCCGAGAUUGUGCCUGCGAUAUUGAAAAUAUUAAAUUCUCAAAACAAAUCAUAUACACUUAUCAUUAGGGCUAUUCGGAUAAUUCAAAUUUUACUAAGCACUCAACUCGAUAUUUUGCAGAUUGAGAUUGAAAUAAUAAUCUCGUAUUUGAAUCAUUUGAUUUUGGAGAAUGAUGAUUCAGAACUGGUUCCGUUUUGGGAAAAAGUGCUUGUACUUGAGAUGUACAGAAACUUGUUUCGCGAGUUCAAUGUGAUUAAGUCCAUAUUUGAAAACUAUGACCAUGACCAUCAAAAGAAAAAUGUGUUGAAAGAAUUGCUAAAUGUAGUAAAUGCAUAUGUACAAAACAACAAUACUUUUUUAGAUGACAUUGUUCGACCACCACGCUUAUUAUCAGAAGAUCAUGUUCAUGGGUCUGGCCGUGAUCAUCGGAAUAGUCAUAUCCAAGUUGAUAAAACAGUUUAUUAUUUAUCAAAAAAGAAUUCUUCGUUAAAAACAGCAACUUUGGACCAUUUGGAUAAAACGGAUGCUCCACUAGACAUACCUCAAACCUACCCAUUGUAUUUGAUUUUUGAAAUUUUGCGAUUAUACUCACUGGGAAUGUCCGCUUGUGUUUCAAACUUAUCCACUGCUUCCUCGUCAAAAAAAGCAGAAGCCAAUUUGGAAGCUGAGGUUGAUUUUGCAAACUCGAUUAUUAAAUCCACAUCGAAUGAAAUAGCCUCACUUUUUCAACAAUCCAUAUACACUGCUACUGAUGACAUAUUGUUUCGUGAGACAUUAAAGUCCUUGCAAAUGUUGACACACUCUGUGGGUUUAUUAGGAGUAGAGGAUGUAAGAGAUGAUUUGCUUUUGAUUUUGUCUAGAGCUUGCAUCACAAAUGUUAGUAAAAUACAGGCGGAAGAGGAUGAGAAAACCAAAUCGAUGAUUGAAGAGCAAAGAAAUCAAAUCAUAUCCAUUGGCGGCUCAUUAGUUGAUACUAUCAGUGCAACAAUUCACACACCAGAUUUAGCGGUAUCGACUGAAAAUUUGCAAAAGCUGAAUAGUUCAUCAAACACUGCAACAUCAGCAGCAGCAGCAGCAGCAGCAACAACAACAGCAGCUUUGCCCAGCAGCUCAAGAAUUUUCAAUCUGAGACAUGUAAUGUGUUUCAAGACAUUGUCCAACCUAGCGACUUUACUAGGAUCAACCUUACUGCAAUCGUGGUCCAUUAUAUGGAUAACUUCGCAGUGGUUUGAGUAUUUUGUUGAAGGGUCGGACGUUUUUAAUGGCUCACACAAUAAUAGAAACGCAUCGAAGACUACUAGAGGUGCACCGGGCGUGGCAUUGUUGGAAAAUUCUUCAAAUUUUUCCUCAAGUCCUGAAGAUAUUACAAGACUUAAUGAGGCUCAUAGCAAUAUCAUCACUAGUAUUUUUGAUAUGCAUCCACUUGCAUUUCAUAAAGUCUUGUUGAGCUUAACGGCUCUUUCUGAUGCUGCUUUUCGGGAAAAUCUUGAAGAAUACUCUGUAAUGGGACUCAAAGAGUCGCCAUACAACAGAACGUAUUACUUGCGAAGGAUAAUUGAGUUGGCGCAAAUUAAUCCUUCAAAGUUUCUUGUGCAUGACAAAGAGAUAUGGAAACUAUUGUCUAAUUUUUUUACUGAGAUCAGUUCUAGCCGGAAGUUACAUCUGAAUAUGAGAGUGUUUGCAGCAAACUCUUUUGCGAGCAUCUUGCAGACGAUGGCUGAUGAAGGUUUUAGUGAAAAUAUAAAUGAUGUGACAGAGAGUACGUCGCGAAAGUCGCUUGAUGGCUUGCAUUUGUGCCUAGAAAGAAACUUCAGUCAAGGUGUUCCAAACGAGUUUUUAAUAAGUAAUUGUGAGACAGAGAUCCAUCUUGUUGUUUUGCAAACGCUUCAUCAUUUGAUUGAAAAAUAUGAUUCCCGUUUUCAGCAAUCUUGGAAUCAAGUUUUUGAGAUUUUAAAUACUCCAUUUAAAAGUGGUAAAGGUGCUAAAAAAGCCAACACAGACGAGAACAAUAAAAAUGAUGAAACCGAUAAAGCAGAAAGGACACCCGUUGAAGAGAAUGUAAAUGAAAAAAACCGGUACUUGGUUGAAAAGUCCUUUGAGACUUUGAAGUUGGUUCUUGAUGAGUUUUUAACCACACUUCCUUUUAGGGAGUUGAAACAGCUCAUUGAUACUCUUGUUAAUUUUGCUUACCAGAUUUAUGAUUUGAACAUUUCUUUUAGUUCGGUGAGCUAUUUUUGGUUGAUUAGUGAUGCUUUGAAAUCGAGACUUGAUACCUUUAGGGCAAAGGAUUUGACUUCUUUGAGUCAAGUAGAUCUGAUUGGGGAUGUACUACGCUACAUUGAGACCAAUGAUGAAGGAUAUGCGUCUUAUUUUUGUCUUGACAAUUACUUGUUGUAUUGCUUAGCUAAAUUGUCAAAAGAUGAAAAAGAUAGAGCUCAAGUGCGCGAAGGUGCUAUUCAGACUUUUUUUCAAAUUGUUGAUGAUCAUGGAAUUGUUUUGAAACAAAAUUGGAGUAUAUUAUAUGCCAUAGCUGUGCCAUGUGUUGUGAAAAUAUAUCCAGAGAUUUACUCGCUGUCCUGGCUGGAAACUGUACGGUUAUUGCUUGAAGGUGCCUCAACAAUGUACCGCAAGUACUUUACGGUUCUUGGACAAGAGAUGAAGCAGGACGAGCAAGAAACAUUGGCUAAAUGGCAAGUGUUGGUCGACUACAUGCAAAAAUUGUUGUCUUUGAAUUCAGUGCAACUCAAUUUGAUCACUUUCCAAGCAUUUCAGAAUUUGAUACGGACGCCAUUUGAGAUGAAAUCCGAAAGAUUGUCGGACUUGUUGUUUGAAUUUUGGAGUGGGUUUAAAUUUGAAUACGAUUUAGUUAAUGUUGGUGAGUUCCAAGACUUGCUUGUUCAGUUUUUGAACAGUUUCCGCCUGUUGUAUGAGAUAAUGCUUAAUUUGUCAUUAUCGCAGACUGAAAAGGCAGUUGCGAUAUUAAACAGAUGCGGAAGGUACCCAAUCUUGCCACAACAUCAAAUGGAUAACUUGAAACCAUCCAAAUUGCAAGCAGCGGUCUUGCAAAUUAUUGACGAAAUCAAACUCGAUGAUUUGCAAAUACAAGCUGCAUUAGUUCAACUUUUAACAAAUAUCAUAGUUUAUCCCUUUGGUGUCAAAUCUAGGAUUGAUCAGAAAUUGCAGGGUAGUUCCGUGUUGAACAAAGCCUAUGCUACUCCAACAUUUGUUGCUGUAAGCCAGCAAGCGUUAUUGUUGAUGGAGAAAAAGUUUGAUCGAUUUGGUUAUGCUGAACUUCUUUACGACGAACAAAAUUUGGACAAGUGUAUACGAGCACUUGACGAAGUAAUAAGCAACAAGUUUGUGGGGUCCGGGAACAAGAAUAACAAAGAUAAUAAUAGUGAAGGAAGGAUGUGGGUCAUGAGUCAGACUUUAUUAGAGAAGAUUGUGAAAGCGACGUUGGAAAAGAAAAAAGGUAAGAACAGUAGUGACAGUAGUGGAGUAAAUGAAAAAAGUGGCAAAAAUGGAAACAGUGAUGAGAACCAUAGCAACGACAAGAUUUUUACGAGUGGUUCAUUUUGGCAAUUAAUCACUGAGUCUCUUCUUGGUAUACUUGAUAAUGGCAGUGAAAAUAGUAAUGACCCAAAUGACGAAACACUUAAAAUUGAGCAGUUUUCACGGUUAAAUUCUGUAAUAUUGCCCCAUUUACUUGAACAAAAUAUACCCAACAGUGUUGACAAGUACUUGUCAAAGAUUUAUCAAAUGUCAUUUUUGUACGAUGAGAAUUUUAUGGAGAAAACCAUUUUAGUGGGUGAGGCUGUUACAGAUGACAAAGAUGCUAUUGAUAAAUUGACUCUGUUUCAAUUCAACCAAUUCUUUGGUACCACUGAGUCAUUGCAUAUAUAUCCAAACACCGAAAUCAGAAUGUAUUGUUUAGAAGCGUUGUUUGAGUUUACUCAAAUCGAGUCCGAAUAUAGGUUGCGUGCAGAGAUACUUUUUUUACAUAGAAUUUGCUUUUCGUUGAGGCGAGUGAUUGCUGACUUGAAGCUAGUCAUGCAAAGACCAUUGCCUCGGGUGCAAACAGAGGAAAUGCGCGCAAUUUGUAACUUGUUGGAGAAGAUGGAUGUUUCAUUGGAAAACAAAGAAGAGUAUUUGAAAUUGAACAGGCUACUAAUCCAGUUGAUUCCGCAUGCUUUCAAGUUAGAGAAAUUGGGUGAUAACUUAACUUGUAUCUUGCAAAAAUAUCUGUGUUUGGACACAACUCAUGGAAGAUUAGUGAAUGGGGAUAGCAUAUAA